GUUCUCGCGACGCAACACCAUCGUAACACCGGCGUUUCCGUCUUUCCAGCAAUUUCUCUGCUCUCGCCCGGGGCGAAAAAAAAUUAGAAAAUCAAUUCGAUUUUUACUUUUUUUUUCGAGUGAUUCAGCAGUUGUUAUCACCGGUUUUGGGACCCGUGACAUGAUAGCGUGACUAGACACUUCAGAGAUUAAGGAAAGUUGUAAAAGGAGAGAGAGAGAAAGAGAAACAGGGAGAGAGUGCGAUCAGUCAAGAGUUCGAUUUCUCCGUUUUGGAAUUGUUGAGAGGAUUCUGUGAUGGCUCCGAAAGUCGUUGUUAAGUCACCUAAACUGAGGUACACUGAGGAGUUCAUUGAGGCGGAGUAUGAGUACCAGACGACGAGAGUGGACACUCAAGGGGAUGGAGACACGAUGACUGUGACACCAGAGUCGACGUCGCUCUUAAUCCGCACCGAGUCCAAGGUUCCCAAGUUAGGAGUGAUGCUGGUAGGCUGGGGAGGGAAUAAUGGUACCACGAUAACAGCAGCUCUUCUCGCUAACAAAUUAAAGCUGUCCUGGGAGACAAAGGAGGGGACGAAGACCGCCAACUGGUACGGGUCCCUCACCCAGGCGUCGACGGUCUGGCUGGGAACUUCCGGUGACAAAGAAAUUUAUGCCCCCAUGAAUUCCCUUCUCCCCAUGGUCGAUCCCGACUCGAUUGAAGUCGAUGGAUGGGACAUUUCGAAUCUUACCAUGGCUGAUGCCAUGAGCAGGGCCAGGGUCCUGGAUAUCAAUCUUCAGAAGCAACUGGUGCCCCAUAUGGAGAAGUUGAAACCUAGGAGGAGUAUCUAUUAUCCUGAUUUCAUUGCUGCUAAUCAGGAAUCCCGUGCAAACAACCUGAUCCCAGGCACCAAGCAAGAGCAACUGGACUGGAUCCGCAAGGACAUCUCCGAGUUCAGGUCGACGAGAAACCUCUCGAAGGUGAUAAUCCUCUGGACCGCCAACACGGAGCGUUUCUCCGCACUCCUCCCGGGGGUGAACGACACAGCGGAGAACCUCCUCGCCUCGAUCGCCUCGAACCACCCGGAGAUAAGUCCGAGCACGAUGUUCGCAGUGGCAGCAUCCCUGGAGAACUGCACCUACAUAAACGGCUCGCCCCAGAAUACCUUCGUCCCCGGUGCGAUGGAGCUCGCCGAGAAGAACCGAACGUUCAUCGCAGGGGACGACUUCAAAUCCGGCCAGACAAAGUUGAAAUCAGUCCUCGUCGAGUUCCUGGUGUCCGCGGGGAUAAAGCCCGUGUCGAUAGCCAGUUACAAUCACCUGGGGAACAACGAUGGCUUCAAUCUGUCGGCCCCACAGCAGUUCAGGUCGAAGGAGAUCUCCAAGAGCAAUGUCGUCGAUGACAUUGUCGAGAGCAACAGAGUACUCUACGAGGAGGACGAGAAGCCCGACCACUGCAUCGUCAUCAAGUACCUGCCCUACGUGGGGGAUUCCAAGAGGGCCAUGGACGAGUACGUCUCGGAGAUCAUGCUGGGGGGUCACAACACCAUCAUCGUGCACAACACCUGCGAGGACUCCCUCCUGGCGAGCCCCAUCAUCCUCGAUCUGGUGAUCCUCGCGGAGUUCUGCUCGAGGGUUUCAAUCAGGAAGAAAGAGGCCGAGGGCCAGGGCUUCGAGAGCUUCAAGAGCGUUCUCUCUUUGCUCUCGUAUCUCUGCAAAGCACCUCUCGUACCCAGGGGGGCUCCUGUGGUCAAUGCACUCUUCAAGCAGAGGACUGCUAUUGAAAAUGUACUCAGGGCUUGUCUCGCUCUGCCACCUGUCAAUCACAUGAUGCUGGAGCACAGGGUACUCAUCGGGGAUUAGGGCCUGGGGAGACUGUAAGUAGUGAGGAUACUUUUGAUACCUGCUGUGCA